ACAUAACCUGUGUAUUGGUCUAUUGGUAAAGAUUUUAUUUUAUCAUUUUUCUGCUCGUGCUUUCCGCACUUUUUUCACUCUUAUCCAAUAUCUUUGCUCUCAUCUCGGCUUGUGUCUUCAUGUUUUAACUAUUUUCAACAAGGAUGUUAUCUCGGAUUUUUGUAAGCCGAUUGUCAACCCAGGUGUUUUAGUAAAUAAAUGAAAAAUCUGAAAGUCUCAUCGAAUCACUUUACUUAACACUCUUCUAGCCGGUUAUUUUGCCUUCGGUUAAGUCUAAUCAGUGAUGGAGAAGUUACUUACAGUAUGCCUUCGUCCUCAAAUCCAGUUGAAUAGAUCGAUCUCUCACUCCAGUGUCCUGCAUAGUAAAAAGAAUUUUAGGAAGUUCGUCCUUCCCCAUAGAGGCUCAGAGGCGUUUCGUAAAAGACAGGAAGAAAAUCCACAUCCUGAUAUUUGGCCAUUUCGGUUUGGUGUGAAGAAAGACUACGUUGUUGUUGGUCCAGAUAAGAAACGAGUUCAAAUUCCAGAACUACAAGCUGAGAUAAUAGUGCCUGAUUUAACUGGAUUUACGUUAAAACCAUACGUAUCGUACGCAACAAUUGAAGUUAUUCAGUCAGAGUUCACUCCUAAGGAUCUAUUCAAUGCUGUCUACAGAAGAAAAAUAGUCAAUGAUUUCCAGGACAAAAAAUUAGACGAGACUGGCAACCCUCUAGAACCAAGUCCAGCAGAACAGCUAACUGCUGAUCAAGCCAAGAAGUUUGCAAGAAUGACUGGAUCAGAUUUGUUCGAGGAAAGGUGGCGGGAUAAGAAAAAAGAACAGCAGCAAUAAUAACCUCACCUAUCCUUGUCUAAUGUGUUAAUAUAUUGUUAAAAGUAGGUACAUUUUGAAUAUAUUGGUUUUUUUAUGCA